UGCAUGCGAAUAUAAAAUUCAUCUUCGGAGCACUAUUUUUUUAGUGCUAUGGUUCAUAUGAUAAUUCGACGAGAGACGCCAACCAAAAGACCUCGAGAUUCCUCUUGCCACGCGAUUCUAGCCUCCAGCACCUUUUUUCUGCCAAACACGUACCUAUGCAUGUAAGAGGGAGUGAGACUGUGACUAAGAGUAUCUGCACGUCUUUCUGACACAGAUAGAGAGCGCUAUGGCGACCCCUCAGAAGCCAUGGAAGGCGGAUUACGCGAAGUAGGGCGAUCAUUAUGCAAGACCUGCAAGAAACCCAUCGACAAAGUGAAUCUCAGCUCGGCAAAAUGGUCCAAGGAGAAUGAAAUUACAAUAGUCAGGAGGAUUACUUGGUUGAAUUUUUUUUUAGAAAAAAAAAACUUCCAUUUGAUUCGUACAAAGUUGAAGCUGUAGGUGGAGCCUCUAGCAUGGUCACUGUCAAAGUGAACGGGGAAGUGCUGUGCGUGAAGCUUCUGGUUUGCAAGAUACAGGUCACAUUCUUGAGGAUGGGAAGAACAUCUAUAAUACGACUUUGAACAUGUCGGACCUGUGAACUGGUGUUAACAGGUGGAUCUACAAAAUUCUGUCUGUUUAACUGUUUGCAUAACAGUCUUUUCAGAAGAUAGCUAUGGUUUUUCUUAGUUUGGGCCUUUUUACUCCAUUCAUUUGUUUAUAUGUCUAUCAAUGUGAAUUGCACAAAACCUGAAUUCGAUCUGGAAUUACUGGUUCAAUACUUCAACGUGUUUUCCGUUUUCUUUUUUCAAGGUGAGAUGAGAUGGUAAUCUAAAGCAAACAUUGUAGGUAAAUGUGAAGACGGCAUGGCAUACAUUAAGACACUUAUAGUGCUUUGCUUCUGGAGUUUAGUAUUAUUUUGAAUAUGUGUCAGCACAGCUUACAUUUCAAUUACGGUCGUUGGCAAAGGGUAGCCCACUAAUGACACAUCAAGAAGUGGCUGUUCCUUAAAUUGGUGCAAUUGCUAAGAGAUGCUUCCAUCUAUUGACAUGCAAAUGAUCUUAUAUGCUUGUUUAUGUGCAUUGAAAAACAGUAUUUUAGAAAAAUAGGGGCAAAUUGGAAAACGAAAACUUAUUAUUUUCUGGUAAGUAUUUUCUAUUGAAGCUGAUUGGUUUCUCUGUGAAAUGGUAGAGCUGUUCAACAACCAUUCUCAUACUCUCCUGUGUUUUGGAUAUGCCUAUUAACUGGAAUUUCCUUCGUCAAUGUAAAUGACAGUCUUCAACAAGACAUCUCAGUUCUCAAAGAUCCGUUUCCAACUUUUCAUCCAGUCUAUCUUUAGUGAUGAGUACUGAUGCGUCAGUUUGGCUGAUAUGGUAUUGGCUAUUGCGCUUUUUGAAUUGUUCUCUUUUCCUUUCUUGUUUUGACUGAUUUGGUGGUGGUCUUUUUAAUAAAUAAUUUUAACAGGCAGACAACUGUCAUAUCUUUGUUUAUUUGAAUUUCUUUUCAGAGUACUUCUGGAUAUUUUUAUCUGCCACUCACUUGGAGCACAUAGCAAGAACUUUUAGAUUUUAUUUACAUUUGAGUUUCUGGAGGGUGAUUUUUUUGUAAUAUAUGUCUACAUAUAGCUAACUUGGCCUGACUAGAGUUUGAAAUGCAUGCCAUGACCAUGAUAUUGGUGGUAGGAGGUUGCUUGCCUGAGUUUGAAUAUUGUAAGACUUGUUUGCUUUCAGAGAUCAUACGUAGAUGUCACAUAGUAAUCAUGAUGGGAAAUACUUUAGUAGGUGAAUGAAUCUACGAAAUCAAAAAAGGAAGACAGCAAGGAUAUGGUUUUAGAUGUUACUUUCUAUAGAAUAGAAUAAUGCAAAAGGGUUCAUACUCAUAGGGCUAAGUUAGGUUUGACUAUGAGUUGAGCAUUCAUUGUCACUGUGGACUUCAGAUUGCUGCUUUGUCUAUGAGAGUUUCUACCAUUAAAUAAUAAAUACUCUUUUUUCCUUCUCCUAACUUCUAUCUACCGGCUAUGUAAAGCUAUUGUAUCCUUUAGAUAAUCCAAGAUGACAAAGGGUCAGACUGUCACUUGUUCUGUAAAUCGGGUCGUGUAGGUUUAGGGAAUGGCAAAAUUGGAGGAACCAAAUUUCGAAAAGGGAUGUCAAAAUCAGAUGCAGUCAAUGAAUAUAAACGUUUAUUCCUUGAGAAAACUGGAAAUUCAUGGGAGGCAUGGGAACGAAAACAGAAUUUUCAGAAGAAACCUGGCAAAUUCUUCCCAUUAGAUAUUGUACGGCCUUUCUUUUACUUUUUAUUUUUCUCAUUCUUUGGAAUGCUCCUGCUUAGGUAGAAGGUAAUCAUUUCUUUUAGUUAUUCUAAACUGUUUGAAUUCUAGGACUGUGAAGUCAAUAAAAAGCAGAUAAACAAAAAGAGGAACGGUGCGGAUAGUCAACUUCCGUAUCUUCCACUGGUAGAAUUGAUGAAGUUGCUCUUUAAUGUGGAAGCAUAUAGGCAUGAGGAUUCUGGUUUACAAGAUACAGGUCAUAUUCUUGAGGAUGGGAAGAGCAUUUAUAAUACGACUUUGAACAUGUUUGACUUCUCAACUGGUGUUAAAGGGUGAGAUGAGAUGGUAAUUGAUAAGGUUGAGAAGGGCCCAAGGCCUUUUAUGGUAUAUUCUAGAAGAGCUAAAGGGCAGGGCAAAGGGAGAGGAAUCUUGCUGGAGGCUGCACAUUUGGAAUUAGCUUAGGGAAAGAAUAAAAGAGAGAAGGACACGUGGCCGGAGGAGGUUAUAACAGAAGAAUUAGUUCCAGAAUUUAAGGGGAGUAGCAGGGGAAAUGAGGCAUCUUUUGGCUACUGAGAAAAGGGAGGGCAGGAUUUGUUUUCUCUGCACGAGAUUCUUAUCCUGGGGACUGGAUGCCAGUCAUUUAUCAUUUCUUUAUUUUUUUCUCUUUGAUUGUAAUUGACUUUAAGAAAUUUCAUAAGAGCUGUUAUGUCAUAUUGAUUGUAUUCCUUGUUCUGUAAAAAGUUUGUGAAUCAAUACAAUCAAAUCCAUCUUCUUUCUUUCAUUUCCACUUCUAGCUUGUUUUCUUACUCUCUACUCUAUCAAUUUGGUCUGACCUGCCGGAUCCACAUGACCAAAACAAGGAUGGAGGGAAGAAUGGAUAAGGUAGAGGGGAGUAUUACUGAUUUGGAAGAAGCCAUCACAGCUAUUCGGUUGAACCAGGAUCAGAUACGACUGGACCAAGAACAACGGUUCAGUAGAUUGGAAAAUAUGAUUGCGGCACUAGCGAGGGGUAAAAGUAAUUCUGAAAUGAAUGGUACAUCUACUCCAUCUUCUCCACCGCAUCAUCAAGGAGAUACCCUAGCCACCAAGUCUAAUGCUAAAGCAUUGCUAUUGGAGGAUGUGUCUACUGUUACAAAGAAGGUCGAAAUGCCAAGCUUUGAUGGGGCUGACCCAGUAGGAUGGGUGGCAAGAACAGAGCAGUAUUUUGAAAUCCAUGGUAUUCAAAAUGAACUCAAAGUGUCACUCGCUCUCGUGAGUAUGGAAGGAGCACUUUUGCAGUGGCUUCAAUGGUUAAGGCAGCGUAAUCCACAGUUAACUUGGGAACAACUUUGGCAAGAGCUUAUGCAGCGGUAUAGUGACGAGAUGUCCGACAAUCCAUAUGAGCAUUUGGUCGCACUGCAACAUCUUGGUACCGUAGCUGAUUAUGUUGAUGAAUUUGUAGCAAGGGCCUCUCUGGUUCCAGACAUCUCAGAUAGACAAUGCUUGAGAUUCUUUUUGAAUGGCUUGAGAGAAGACAUACGCUUGCGUCUGCGUUCUCAUAAAACUACGGAUUUGUAUAAAAUAAUGAAACUGGCUUGUGAAAUUGAGAGACAGUGGUGGCAUUCUUCCAAAGAUAAGGCAGCACACAAUUUCUCCGAUGGGAUGGAGAUGAAGUAUCCCUUACAUGGGUUAGGACAAAAAGCCCGAUUUCUCAGGACCAACGUCCAUAUUUUGGCCCAAGUUCAGUUCAGAAGAGAGAUGGGCCCUUAACUAAACCACCUUAUAAAAAACCAAUAGCUCUUCCAGCUCCUCCAGCAAAAUCUUUGACAACUCAACUAAAACAAAGAGGUACCAGGCAGUAUUCACAUCAGGAGUAUCAAGAACUUAGGGCAAAAGGUUAUGUUUCAGAUGUAAACAACCCUAUUCUCCAUUGCAUGAGUGUCCUAACAAAUCAUUGAGGGCCUCAAUUGGAGGGGAAGAUGAAUAUUUGACUGAGGCAGGGGAACUAGCAGAGAUGGAAGAGUGGAGGUUUGGGAAUGGUACCGGAACUGGAUGAAACCCAUUUCUCUCGAUUGGAGUUGCCCUCAUUCUCAGUAGGAGGGAUUCAGUGACCAAGAACCAUGAAAUUUCAAGGGCGGAUUGUAAAUCAACCCAUGGUAGUGUUAGUGGACAGCGGUGCGAGCCAUAAUUUCAUUUCUAAUCAGUUAGUGCAGCGCCUACAAUUGCCCAUUUCUGCCACACCCUCUUUUAAUGUUAAGUUAGGUGAUGGGUGCAAGGUUUCCUCAACUAGAUCAUGUAAGCAAUUAGAGCUCCAAUUACUUGAUUAUAUAGUUAAUACUGACUGUUAUGUGUUUCCUUUAAGGGUUGUUGAUUUUAUUUUGGCAGUAGCGUGGUUAGAAACUCUGGGUGAGAUGCAUGCUAAUUGGCGAAAGAUGACCUUGAAAUUCCAAAUGGGCAAUCGUACUGUAUUUUUACAGGGAGAUCCAUCUUUGAGUCGUACUCUAGUUUCUUUAUGAGCACUAAGGAAAACUGUUGAUGUAGAAUUUUCUGCUAUUUUGUGGCCCAUGGAAUCUGAUGGGGGCAAUAAUGAAGCAAUAAAUAACUUGUACUCUGAUCAACAAGAGGCUAUGCAAACCAUGCUUCACCAAUUUGUUGAUGUCUUUGCUGAAAUCAAAUCCUUGCCACCUCAAAGGCAAGCUGACCACCAGAUUCCUCUUCUGCCCAAAACGGAACCAGUGUCCGUACGACCUUACAAGUAUGGGCAUGUUCAGAAAGAUGAAAUUGAGAAACUAGUAUCUGAAAUGCUUUCGGCUGGAAUUAUUCGUCCUAGUAGCAGUCCCUUCUCCAGCCCAAUAUUGUUGGUUAAGAAAAAAGAUGGGAGUUGGCGUUUUUGCAUUGACUAUCGCCAAUUGAACAAGGCUACAAUGCCAAACAAAUAUCAAAUUUCAGUGAUUCAAGAGCUGUAACGGUCAGGCUCCAACCACUAAAGAAAUUGUCCGCUUUGGCCAUAAGCCUCACGGUUUUGUCCCAUAGGUGAAAUGAAGAACUUCCCAGGAAGUCACCUAUCAUAGAAUUUCUCUCAAACGAGCACGCUUAACCCUGGAGUUCUUCCAACUCUCCAGGCCAUUCCACCAAAAGGUGCCUCUAGUGAUUAGUUCUCCCAUUUUAUAUAUCAUUACCUUCCACUACCAUUCCAAUGUGGGACGAGUUUCCCAUUUUCAGGGAGCUUUUCGCCUCAUCCAUCCUAAUCGAAGCAAUUAGUCGCUGGCUCACCCCCUUAAGACUCGAGUGUCCUCACUCAACGCACCGUGCUAAGGGAGCUUUUGGCUCUGGUACCAAUAAAGCAAACUCUAAACUAAAGCCUAAUUAGUAGAGAGCACUCAAGAAAACAAAAAAAAAAUUAAGAGUUUGGGGCAAGAGGAAUUUCAGCCAAGGUGGUUCCAUGAGGGGAGUGAAGAUUUGGUUGAAUUGAAGGUUGAUUUAGGCUAUGGAGAGCUUGAAGACAAGGUUAGUGCUAACAAUUCCUAUCAAUUUUGAAGUUUUAAGAAUUUUAGUUAGGGUUUGCUAUAAUUAGGGAUUUUCUUAUUUAUGCUCCAGUGACUGGUUGCUUUGCUUAGGAUGGGCGAGGCGAAAAGCUCCCUGAAAAAUGGAAAACUUGUCCCACAUCAGAAUGGGAGUGGAAGGUAAUGAUAUAUAAAAUGGGGUAACUAAUCACUAGAGGUGCCUUUUGGUGGAAUGGCCUGGAGAGUUGGAAGAACUCCAGGGUUAAGCGUGCUCGCUUGAGAGAAAUCCUAGGAUAGGUGACCUCCUGGGAAAUUCUCCAUUCCAAUUAUGGGACAAAAUUGUGAGGUUUAUAGCCAAAGCGGACAAUUCCUCUAGUGGUUGGAGCCUGACCGUUACAUUUAAUAGUAUCAGAGCAAAGGUUUAGGCGUUUCUAGGUUUAGAUAGAUAAAAAGAAAUAGUGUACAUAACAUGCAUGGGCCUUAAAUUAGGAGUCGAGGUGAUACUAAUGCAUAUUUGUUCUUCUAUCUGUUUUAUAGGUUAGAUGGCUUCUGAUACUUCGGAACACGAAUCCCCUAGACAUGUGGAAGAGGUAGUUGAGAGUCAUGUACCUGCUCGUAGUUAGAAGCAGGACAGGAGAGAGGAGUCAUCACAGGGUGCCGUUGGUAGGGCACAGCAGACAUUCUUAGAGCAGAUGACUCAGAUGCUUUGUCAGGUUGUCGGAGCUAUACCACAGCCACUGCCAUUGCCGCAGCCACAAGCAUAGCUAGUUCAGAGGUCCCCACUGGAGAAAUUGAGGAAGUAUGGGGCCGUUGAUUUUAAGGGUACGAAGGAGGACGAUCGAGCAGCUACAGAGCACUGGUUAGAGAGGACUGAGAGAGUACUACAGUAGUUGCACUGUAUACCUGAGUAGCAGUUGGAGUGUGCUCUUUCACUACUACAGGAGGACGCUUACCAUUGGUGGGUUACGGUGUCCCGGGUUGUGCAGCUGACAAUUUCUUCACUAAAAAUAAAUUGAAUAACAAAUUAAAAUGGCACUAAAAUUAAUAUGGGAUAAAAUAAGAUAUGAUAAGGUGUUUUGGCACAGAAUGUGGCAUUCCUUGCUCGGCUGCACUAUAGAUCGGAUAAGGGGGUGUUAAAAGAGCUCUUGGAUGAAUUACAUGGAGCUCAAUAUUUUUCAAAGCUUGAUUUAAAAUCCGGAUAUCAUCAGAUUCAGGUGGCAGCUCUUGAUAUUCACAAGACAGCGUUUCGGACGCAUUCGGUGCACUACGAGUUUCUUGUAAUGCCAUUUGGACUAAUGAAUGCUCCAGCGACUUUUCAAGCCUUGAUGAAUGAUAUCUUUCGUCCAUAUUUACGGAAAUUUAUACUUGUGUUUUUCGAUAAUAUUCUUAUUUCCAGUCGUGAUUGGGAAUCUCAUAUGCAACAUUUACAUAAGGUUCUUGAGCUUUUGCGGCAACAUCAUUUACAUGUGAAUCAAAAGAAAUGUUCUUUUGGAAAGACUUCAGUCGAAUAACUUGGUCAUAUAAUUUCUAUUAAGGGAGUGGAGAUGGAUCCUACCAAGGUUUCCAGUAUAAGUACAUGGCCUAUUCCGAAGCCAGUUAGGGCAGUACGUGGAUUUUUGGGGUUAACAGGCUAUUAUAGGAGGUUCAUCUUGAAUUAUGGAUAGCUUGCACUCCCUCUUACAGCCCUACUUAAAAAGGAGGCUCAAGUUUCGUUUCAAUGGAAUACUGAAGCACAACAAUCCUCGAUGCACUUAAAAAGGCAAUUGUAUCCUCACAUGUUCUAACCAUGCCUAAUUUUUCUUUGCCUUUUGUGGUAGAGUGUGAUGCCUCAGGAAGUGGUGUUGGAGCUGUUUUAAUGCAACAAAAUCGACCAAUUGCCUAUGUCAGCAAGGCCAUAUCGGAUAAAUCUACCGUUUGUCAGCUUAUGAGAGGGAGUUAAUGGCAUUGGUUUUAGCAAUACAACGCUAGCGACCUUAUCUCAUUGGUCGAAAAUUUACAGUGAGGACUGACCAACGGAGUCUGAAGCAUCUUUUAUUGCAGCAAGCUAGCACCCCAGCAUAGCAGUACUGGCUUUCGAAGUUGAUGGGAUAUAGUUUUAUGAUUGAAUAUAAAACUGGCCUCUCUAAUAAGGCAACCGAUGCCCUGUCUCGUAGGGAUGAAGAAGUAGAAUUACAGGCGAUCUUAGUGCCUCAAUGGGUUGAUUGGGAGGAGAUUGGGCACGAAGUGAUGUAAGAUGAACAAUUGGGCAAAAUUAU